AUGUUUCAUGAGAAUUGCUUUUUUUUUUUUUUUCAGAUCCCUAAAGAUGAAAGUCUGUGUGAUAGUUACAGCAGACCAAGUGACAAAGAAAGUUGCAGGAUCCCAUGUCCAAGUGACUGUGUUUUAUCAGAAUGGAGCCCCUGGACAGAAUGUCCUGAUGAAUGCGACAAGAAAGCUCAGGUCACCAAUCGAGUGCGGCGCCGUAGAAUUUUAGCAUUUCCAGGCCCAUCUGGCCCUCCCUGCCCAUCUACCUCAUCUUUAACGGAAAGCAGCCCGUGUCCCUCUAGGCUUGAAUGCAGAACUUUUUCCUGGGUUGCACUAGAUUGGGACCCCUGUCUUCUUGCGCCAGGUGUGACCUGUGGCACUGGGAAACAAAGACGUCAAAUCAAGUGCCAAAGUGAAGGACGGGAAGUGGAAGACAGUUGGUGUGUCAGGCAUCUUCGGCCAGAUGAUGUCCAACCUUGCCAGCUGCCCUGUCCUCGGGAUUGUGUAGUGACAGACUUUUCCCAUUGGUCACCCUGUACUGCAUCUUGCCAGAACCCAAGGCAGGCUGCCCCGGCAAAGAGUAGAAAGAAAUAUAUUUUACAACCUGCUGAUGAAGGUGGAAAACCUUGCCCAACGAAUCUGAUAGAUGUCAAGCAUUGCUCUGAUUUACCCUGGUGUGAUGUUUACGUAUGGGAAGUAAGUGAAUGGAGUGUGUGCGUGCCACCACCACGUUCACCUAUCUGCGGACAGGCAUUACGGGGAAGAAAUGUUACAUGCAAAGAUCAGCGAAAUAAUGAAUAUGUACCUGAUGUCUGUUUGGAACGAAUAGGCCCUAUGCCUGCUGUAGCAGAACCGUGUUUUGUCCCAUGUCUUGAAAAAUGCUUUUUAACAGAAUGGGGACCCUUUAGCCCCUGUAUUGAAGGUUGCAAUGGAUAUAGGUUUAGAAAUCGGGAACUAACAGAAGAGAGCAAAUACAAGCCCAUUUGCAAGAACCGAUUGCAAUAUCCCCUCUAUGAGAAGGUGCAUUGCAAAUGUGACCCUUUCCAGCCAAUCACCAUAGGAAAUUUGUCAGAAUGCAUUAUAGAAGGCCCUGAGAAAGUGACACCGACUGAUAUGAUGGAUACAUCCAAACUUCUCUCACCUUUUCCACCGAGAGGACCGGAGAUGCAGUCUUCAACUGAGGGCGAAUCUUUCGACAUGUCCAAUUGCGGUGAAGGGAAAGCAUACAAAGCCCUUUUGUGCCUUAACAGCAAUGACAUUUUGAAGGGCACCUCACAGUGUUCUCAUGCAGAUAAGGUUGAAUCAUGCACAAUACUCUGCCCUGUAGACUGUAUAAUGUCACAGUGGAGUAAAUGGUCACCAUGCAAUGCUAGUUGUGGCUACGGUUUCCGGGAACGUUACAGAACAGUUGAACAAAAACCAUCAGCAGGAGGACGUCCUUGUCCAAAAAUGGGAAAUGAUGGCACUGCAGAAAUUCAAACUAAGCUUUGCAAAACCGACUGUAAAGAGUAUGUCUGGAGGCAUGAUGGAUGGUCAUCUUGUGUUUAUCGAUCUCCUAAAACCUGUGGGCGGGGCAUACAGACAAGACAAGUCAUUUGUGUUGAGAAAGAAGAUUUAUCUGGGAUCACCUCGUUGCAAGAUUCAUACUGCAGCAAAAUCCCAAAGCCUGCAGAACAGCGUAUUUGCAGUACACCAUGUGUUGGAGAAUGUGUGGUUAGUGAAUGGUCGGAAUGGACAAAGUGUAGUGUUCCAUGCAAUUCGCAGCAAGUUCAAACACGAAAGAGAACAAUCCUAAGAGCCCCAGAUAGGUAUAAAAAGAACAAUUACCCAUGCCCAGCACUCAUAGAAGAACGCAAUUGUAUCAAAAGAAUAGUUUGCAAGGAGUCUGUUUGGAGAGUAUCUGAAUGGUCAUCAUGUUUGGUCAAAGAUGGAGAGGUUUCUUGGGGUAUUGGCAAAAGGGAAAGAUACGUCAUGUGUACAGAUUAUUAUGGUAAUCCGCAGAGAAGUCAUCAUUGCUAUGAGGUGGCAGGGAAACCACAGUUCACUCUGCAGGAAUUCUGUGAAAUUCCCCGCAAUAUUGAUUGUCUACUAUCAUCUUGGUCCUCCUGGGGACCAUGCAGUAAAGCAUGCGGAUUAGGUACAUCACAGCGCCAAAGGUAUGUUCUGCAAGAAGCAGUUGGUCUUGGCCGUCCAUGUGCCAAUCAGUUAAUACAAACAAAACCCUGUGUUUUACGAGGAUGUUUCCGAUGGGAUGUAACAGAAUGGACUGAAUGCUUUACUGAGAAAGGUGUUUGUGGACAUGGAGUACAAACAAGGAACAUAACAUGUAUUGGAGAAGGCCGAACGCAAGUUGGUGACUCUUUUUGCAGAGCUAACCGAAGCAUAGCUGCUAUUAAGACAAAGAAAACUUGCUAUGUCGGCUGUCCAGGUGAAUGUGUUCUGACUAGCUGGAGUGAGUGGAGCGAAUGUUAUGCUAAUUGUCAGGACACGGAAGGUCAUGAGCGAGGAGUUCAGAGUCGAUCACGAGCCAUUCUUGCAUAUCCUGCUUCAAGAUCAGAGCCCUCAAGCCUCCCAUCAGCACGGUUUCUUCAUCACCAUGAAAAGGGAAAUGGAAUGGUUAGCUAUUAUCUAUAA